AUGUUUUCUCAAGUUGAGCUGGACGAUGUCGACAAAGUGCUUAGCAAAGAAGACGGCCUGAUUGAGAAGCCGCGAGAUGCAAAGUUUUGCCGUCAUGCCGGAAACUCAAAAUGUGUCCACUGCACCCCUUAUGAGCCGUACGAUGAGAGCUAUUUAAAAGCCAACAACAUCAAGCACAUGUCUUUUCACUCGCAUUUGCGUAAAAUGAAAAGCGGAAUCGACAAAGGCAAGUUUGCAAUUUUAGAGGACAUUAGCUGCAAGAUCAAGUCAGGCUGCAAAGGGCAUGCACCUUGGCCCAAAGGAAUCUGCACCAAAUGUCAGCCCAGUGCACUUACUCUUAAUCCUCAGGCAUAUCGUCACGUCGACAACGUCACUUUUGAGAAUACCUCAAUUGUGGAGAACUUUUUAAACUACUGGCGCGUUUCUGGUCAUCAGCGAGUGGGCUUUCUCUACGGCUUCUACGAAGUCCACAAAGAAGUGCCCCUUGGCAUUCGAGCGCACGUCGUGGCGAUCUUUGAGCCACCGCAAGAGAGCACCCGUGACAAAGUGGACCUGCUUCUUGAGCACAUGAACCUGAAGGAAGUGGACUCCAUAGCGAACUCUUUGGGCUUCAAACGCGUAGGCUGGAUCUUCACUGACUUGGUGCCCGAUGAGAAGACGGUGGGAACGGUGAAGCACAUUCGCGGCGCCGACUCGUUCUUUCUCAGUGCUCAAGAGUGCAUCAUGGCGGGCUACUUCCAAAACUCUCACCCAAAUCCCUGUCAGCUGUCUCCCAGCGGCUUCUUCGGCUCCAAGUUUGUCACGGUGUGCGUCACCGGGGACAAGGAGAACCAGGUGCACAUGGAGGCGUACCAGGUGUCCAAUCAGUGCAUGGCACUGGUGCGCGACAACUGCCUCAUUCCCACCAAAGACGCUCCCGAGCUGGCGUACGUGCGCGAGUCCAGUAAAGAGCAGUACGUGCCCGAUGUCUUCUACAAAGGGAAGGACAAGUACGGCAACAAUGUCACUCAGAUUGCCCGUCCACUGCCCAUCGAGUACCUGCUCUUGGACGUGCCCGUGGCGGCGAACAAGGAGUCCACCUACACCUUCAAUCCCCUGCCGCAGCUCAAGCCAUUCCCCAUUGAGAAUCGAAUGCUGGAGGGACACCUGCAGGACUUUGGCGCCCUCGCCCAGUACAUGAGUCAGUUCGACAAGGACAGCCAGCUGCUGGAGGCCUUCUCCGACCUGCAUCUGCUCGUGUACCUCGCCCAUAUGGACACUUUGCCGCUGAAGGAGGCGAUGCCUCUUCUCCUGCAGGCUGUCAAGUCCAAGAAUCGAUCUCUCGUCAACGAGUGGGCGGACAGUGAUAAGUGGGCCACCAUCGAGCAACUAAUGAAGGCUAAUAAUGGUAACCCGAUUUUCAGUCGACGAGUAGCGCCAAUUUCAAUUCGGGCUCGUCGGCCAGCAGAAGCAGCCAGCCAAAGUGGGCCUGCAACCACUGUACAUUUGAAAAUGAUGGCAAUCGAAGCUCAUGCGAAAUGUGUAGCUUGCCAAAGUGAUCUUGCCCCCGUGGAACUUAUGCUAGAAUUACUACUUUUAUAG